AUGACCGCGUCGUCGGCCCCUGUGCCACCACCACCACCGCCAAUCACCCACAUCUUGGAGACGUGCCUCAUGGUCAAAGACAUCAGAACCUCGACCGACUUCUACAGAGACACGUUCAACGUCAAACCCUUCUUGGACACGCCUCGCUUGUCUGGCUUCUCGCUGGGUCAGACAACGCUUCUUCUCUUCCAACUUGGCGCCACUGCCGCAGACGCUCCCAUGCCAGACGACCGUGGCACAAUACCCGGCCACGGGCCGUCACGCGACAUUCUCGACUUGCUCGAGCGGCAACCGGCCACGGCGCACGACAGGGCCGCGACGGGACUACACCAGCACUUCUGCUUCGCUGUGAAGACCCCCGAGGACGUGGGGACGUGGGAGACGUGGCUCGAGGAGAAAAAGGUCAAGCUCAUCGGAAAGGUCGACUGGCCCAGGGGAGGGAAGAGCGUGUACUUUGCCGACCCGGACGGAAAUGUAGGCGAGGUCGGCAGCCGUGGAAUUUGGGAGCACUAUUAG